AUGAACAAAAUCGACUCGUGUUGGCGUGUCCAAUCCAAUUGGGCAACCAAUCGUCGAUCUUUAGCUGAUUGUGUUGUGGGCUUUGGCCAGGGCGCGAUAGGGGGGAAAUUUGGUGCUACAUAUGUUGUCACAAACCCUUCUGAUGACCCGAUUAAUCCUAAACCAGGAACGUUAAGAUAUGGAGUGAUCCAAGCCGAGCCUUUGUGGAUAAUUUUUGGUAAGGAUAUGGUUAUAAAGUUGAAGAAUGAGCUCAUAAUGAAUAGCUACAAGACCAUUGAUGGAAGAGGUUUUAAGGUUGAGAUUGCGAAUGGUCCAUGCAUCACGAUACAAUAUGUUAGUCAUGUGAUUAUACAUGGGAUUAGUGUACACAAUUGCAAACCGGGGAUGGCUGGCCUCGUGAGGAGUAGCCCGGUUCAUGUGGGUCAUCGUCUAGGAUCCGAUGGAGAUGCCAUAACGGUUUUUGGAUCCACGAAUGUGUGGAUUGAUCAUUGCUUCCUCGCUAGUUGUUAUGAUGGUUUAAUUGAUGUGAUUCAUGCUUCUACCGGUGUUACUAUUUCAAACAACUAUUUUUCUCAUCAUGAUAAGGUUAUGUUAUUUGGACACAAUGACAACAACAUAGAAGAUAAAGUUAUGAAAGUGACAGUUGUUUUCAACCGCUUUGGAGCUGGUCUUGUCCAAAGAAUGCCAAGGGUAAGGUUAGGUUACGCCCACGUCGCGAACAAUAGGUACGACGAAUGGCAAAUGUAUGCCAUUGGCGGAAGCGCAAACCCCACAAUCUUCAGCGAUGGAAACUAUUUUGUGGCUCCUAAUAAGCCGAAUGCCAAACAGGUUACAAAGAGAGAGGCGAAUGGAGGAUGGACAAAUUGGAAAUGGAGAUCGUCGAGGGACAUAUUCAUGGGCGGAGCCUACUUUGUUCAAUCGGGAUAUGGAACCAUAGCCCCCACUUAUUCACGCUCUCAAGCGUUUCAAGUUGCUGAUGGUUCCGCUGUGCCCACUUUGACGUCGAAUGCAGGCCCUCUUAACUGUGUUGUUGGGAGAUCGUGUUUAUGA